AUGAGCUUUUUGAUUUUUUCGAUAAGGAUUAAUGACCCGAAGGUGUCAGGCAGCGAAGGUGAGGUAGGUUUUGAGUGUGACAUAGGCUUUGCGAUUGGCAAAAAUAACAAUGCAGGCCAUCAAUGGGUUGAGAUGACCGGCUGUCACCUUGGACCCAGCGACAAAGGUGGAAGUGAUCAACAUUGUGCAUCAUACCAGUACAACGCAUCAUACCAAGCUCACACUUGUACCAACCCCGAGAACGUAACUGUACAUGCCCUGAUUAUGAUCCUUAUAAUGUGCCCCUCACAAGUUGCAUGUACUGAGUGUCUAGAGGCGAGGUGA